UUCCCUUUUGUUGGAAUGUGCUCCGCUUGAAAUAGCCACGAAGAAGUGCAAUGGCGAUAGCAAUUUCACUGUUAUAGUUAUGAAAAUGCCAUCUGCAGUCAUGAUGUCUGAAAAUUUUGACAAACUUCUGGAGCAAUGCGAAACACAAGAGUUAGAGGCACCUGGUGGAAUUGCCACCCCACAAGUCUAUUCACAACUACUUGCUCUUUAUCUGCUGCACAACGACAUGAACAACGGUAGAUAUCUUUGGAAGAGGAUCCCUCAAGCUAUCAAAACAGCGAACCCCGAGCUGGCCGCAGCGUGGACGGUGGGACAGCACAUCUGGCAGAGAGACUUCCCAGGGAUCUACACGGCCAUCGCCGCAUUCCAGUGGUCUGAGAGCAUCGGGCCCAUUAUGGAGGCACUGCAAGAGUCCACCCGCAGGAGAGCCUAUGGGCUAGUAGCUCAGGCCUACACCUCCAUCAUGGCCGAAGACUUUGCUGCGUUUGUGGGGUAUUCUGUGGAGGACGCUGUGAAAGGAGUGGUCAGCCAAGGCUGGCAGGCAGACCCCAACACGCGGAUGGUGAUGCCGCAGAAGCCAGAUCCGCCCCCUGUCUCUCUGGUUCCAAACGAACAGCAGCUGGCCAGACUCACUGACUACGUGGCUUUCCUUGAGAACUGAUAAACGGCUUCCCCUCCUCCUCCUCCUCCUCCUGCUCCUCUCCUCCUCUCCCUACGCCUUGGCCACCUCACAGAUGACACUGACCGAGAGUCAUCUCCUCUCUCCCCAAUCUGGCCCAGAAGAACAUCUUGGACUUUGCCAUCCACUUUAAUGUCCGCACGCCGUGGUUUCGAUGUACAGCCUGGUCUGCAGUAC